AUGGCCCUGCUGCUCCUGGGGAUCCUGCUGCUGCUCCUGGGGCUCUGGGGGCUGCUGCGAACCUGCACCCGCACCCCCUCCCCAGCCCCUCGCUGGCCCCCUGGGCCACGCCCACUCCCACUCAUUGGAAACCUGCACUUGAUGCGUGUGUCACAGCAGGACCGGUCACUGAUGGAGCUCUCCGAACGGUACGGGCCGGUGUUCACUGUCCACUUGGGGCGCCAGAAGACGGUGGUGCUGGCUGGCUACGAGGCUGUGAGGGAGGCCCUGGUGGGCACCGGACCACAGCUGGCUGAUCGGCCCCCCAUCGCCAUCUUCCAGCUCAUCCAGGCUGGUGGGGGCAUCUUCUUCUCAUCUGGGGCACGCUGGAGGGCUGCCCGCCAGUUCACUGUGCGCACCCUCCACAGCCUGGGUGUGGGGAGGGAGCCCGUGGCCAGCAAGGUCCUGCAGGAGCUGAGGUGCCUCAUGGGGGAGCUGGACGGCUACAGAGGCCAGCCCUUUCCCCUGGCUCUGCUGGGCUGGGCCCCCUCCAACAUCACGUUCACGCUGCUCUUUGGCCGGCGGUUUGAAUACCAGGAUCCCGUGUUCGUGUCCCUGUUGAGCCUUAUUGACGAAGUCAUGGUCCUCCUGGGGACCCCCAGUCUGCAGCUAUUCAACAUCUACCCCUGGCUCGGGGCCCUCCUCCGGCUGCACCGGCCUGUCCUGCGGAAGAUAGAGGAGGUCCGCUCUAUCCUGAGGACCCUGCUGGCGGGGCGGCGGCCCCCCAAGCCCGGGGGAGGCCCUGUGAAGAGCUACAUGGACGCCUUGAUCCAGCAGGGCCAGGGGCAAGAGCCCCAAGGCCUGUUUGCUGAGGCCAACAUGGUGGCCUGUGCCCUGGACAUGAUCAUGGCCGGUACAGAGACCACGUCGGCCACGCUGCAGUGGGCUGCCCUCCUGAUGGGCAAGCACCCGAGUGUGCAAGGCCGGGUGCAGGCAGAGCUGGACCGUGUGCUGGGGCCCGGGCGGCUCCCCCGGCUGGAGGACCAGCGAUCCCUGCCCUAUACCAAUGCUGUGCUGCACGAGGUCCAGCGGUUCAUCACCCUCUUGCCCCAUGUGCCACGGUGCACGGCGGCUGACACCCAGCUGGGCGGCUACCUGCUCCCCAAGGGCACGCCUGUGAUCCCCCUGCUGAGCUCGGUGCUCCUGGACAAGACACAGUGGGAGACACCCCGCCAGUUCAACCCGGGCCAUUUCCUGGACGCUAAGGGGCGCUUUGUGAAGCGGGCUGCUUUCCUGCCUUUCUCUGCAGGCCGCCGCAUCUGCGUGGGGGAGAGCCUGGCCAGGUCGGAGCUGUUCCUGCUCUUUGCCGGCCUCCUCCACAGAUACCGCCUGCUGCCCCCGCCUGGCCUUAGCCCCACUGCCCUGGACACCACGCCUGCCCCGGCCUUCACCAUGCGGCCGCCAGCCCAGGCCCUCUGUGUGGUGCCCAGGCCCGGAGGCUCUUACCCAGGAGACCAGCUCUGACCCGGUCCCAGCCUGGGUGCUCUGCGGAGGAUUGAUGCAGGACAAAUAAAGGGAUGGACAGGCAGAAAGCCCCUCCUGGGCUGAUCCUCUUCUUUUGGGGGCUCAGCCCCCUUCUAGCUCCCCUUGCCCAGAGGCGUCUC